AUGGAAAAUAAUACUACUAUUGUAUCAGAUGAAGAAGGAGAAGAUAAUCAACAACUACAAGACAAUAAUAAUAAUAAUAUAAAUACUAGUACUAUUACUACUGAUGUGACAAGUACUACUACAACCAACAAUGCAUUAUUAGAAGAACAACAAUUAUCGGGAGGAGAGAGUGAGAAUGAAGUUGUAUUUAUAAAGAAGAUGGGGAAUGAUCAUACCGCGUCGUCGUUGAAUGAGUCUACCGAUGCCAAUAAACAUGAUGAUGAUGAUGAUGAUGAGGAGGAUGAAGACGACGAUGCCGAUAGAAGCCACAAGCAUAGUAGCAGUAAGUCUACUUCUUUGUCGUCGUCUGUUACCAACAUUCCAGUUAAUGAUGGAUCCUCCUCCUCUUUACUCGAUAUGACUCCCAUUGUCAGCAACAACGGUGGCAUCGGUACCGACGGAAAAGACCAAGUUGGCGGUGGUAGUGGUGGCGGUGGUAGUGACAAUACAGGACUGUUGUUGAACAAGAGAAAGAUGGACGAUGAAAUUAGUGGUGGAGUUAAUGGCAGUACAGGUGUUGAUGGAAGUGAUGUCGAAACAGAAGCAGUAGCAGCAGCAGGCGGUGAUGGUGGUGUCAGUGGGGGCAGCAGCGGUAGUGGUGUCGUAAACGGUGAUGUAGGAGGUGGUGAAGGUGGAUCAACAACAACAACAACAACAACAACUAUUGCAUUGACUACAACAGCAGCAACCCUUCAAGAUAAUUCUAACAAUCGUUAUAGUAAUAAUACCAAUACAACUGUUGGCCAAUAUUCUACUACAUCUCACUAUGAUUCUUCAGCUGACAACUAUCACAACAAACGUUAUAGAAGUUCAAUAGUUUGUUAUAAAUGUGGAGGUGAAGGACAUCAACAAAUAGCAUGUACAUCAAAGUAUCCAUCCACUGGUGGAGUAUGUCAUAGUUGUAGUGGAAGAGGUCAUAUUCAAUAUAAUUGUCCAUCUGCCAAAUGUUAUAGAUGUGGACAAAAUGGACAUCAACAAAAGUAUUGUACAUAUGGACCAAGUGAGGGAGGAAAACCAAAGAAUGUAUUCCCAUGUUAUGCUUGUGGAAAGGAAGGUCAUUUGGCUAAAGAUUGUGAUGUUUGUUUUACUUGUAAACAACCAGGUCAUAAAUCAAAAGAUUGUGAUGUUUGUCAUACUUGUAAAGAAAGAGGUCAUAGAGCAAAGGAAUGUCAACUAUGUUUUGAAUGUAGAAAGGUAGGACAUAAAUCAUGGGAAUGUCCAGAAAAGAAACAACAUCAAUAUGGUAACAACAAUUCAUCAAGUGGAUGGUAUCAGCAAUCGAGUCAGGGUAAUAUGGGAGGAUCAUCAUACGGAGGCUACAACAUGAGCAUGGGUAUGAAUGGAAUGGGUAUGAACAGCAUGGGUAUGAACAAUAUGAACAUGAAUAUGAACAUGCAGGGUGGUAAUCCAAACUAUGGUUAUGCAAUGCAAGGUUAUGGCUCUAGUAACCUAAAUAAUAAUAAUAAUAAUAACAUGCAAUCUUAUAACAAUGGAUAUGGACAAAAUAAUUAUUACAAUGGAUAUUAA